UGGAGGUGGCUGGUUGUAAUAUUUCCGACAGCAGUGAAGGCGGCGCCGCUCGCUGCCAUCCAUGCAUCCAGUCCUGUCUGUGGUACCUGCUGGCGACCGAACUUAGCUGUAGCCUCACCUACCAGACACUUCUGUGCAGCAACAACAAAAUGAACGACUCGCUAAAUCGUGUCCUCCCGUUCCCCGCUCGACGAGCCGACGCGUUUUGAGGCCAAACAUGGAGAGCGUCCAUGCAGUUUGAGGGUUUUCGCUGUUACGGCGUCUUGCUGAGUCCAUUUUGCGUGUGAGACUGGAAGUGGAAAAGACAAAGAGAAAAGAGCUUUUCCAGCAGCUAGAAUGGUUUGGGCCUAAAAAGAAGACAAGAGCAACAUGAACCGUGAGGACCGGAAUGUGCUCCGAAUGAAAGAAAGAGAAAGGAGAAAUCAAGAAAUCCAGCAGGGAGGAGGAGAGGCUUUUCCAGCAAAUUCCCCUCUCUUCCCCGAACCCUACAAAGUGUCCAGCAAGGAAGAUAAACUGUCCAGCCGUAUUCAGAGCAUGCUGGGCAAUUACGACGAGAUGAAAGAACCGAUUGGUGACACACUUCCAAAGCUUAGCAGUAAACCUUCAAACAGCUCAUCUUCUUCAGAGGAGAAAUCAGGCCCACCUUUGUUUGGGGACCAGCGUGGCGUCGGUAGCGGUGGCAGCAGUCAGAGCAGUAAGUGGACUCCUGUUGGUCCAGCAGGUGGAUCUUCAUCCCAGUCCCAGAAACGCUCAGGACUCCAGGGUGGGCACAGCAGCCAGAGAAACAACGGAGGCAGUAGCAGCAGCAGUAGCCAAAGACACGGAGGAGAGGUGCGGGAAAAGAAAUCAAGUAAACACAGCGGAGGAUCAGAGCACUCAAAGUCACACACGUCAAGUCCCGCCAAGGGCUCACUGAGCUCCUCCAGCAGCAACAGCCACUCACGGAGCACCUUGUCUGCCGAACAGCACCACAGCAAGGAGCGCUACCGCUCCAAGUCCCCGCGAGACAGAGAGGCCAACUGGGACUCACCCUCAAGGGUUCACACCUCCUUCACUAGUGGACAGCACUCGAGUCAGGCCUUUCCCCCGUCUCUCAUGUCCAAGCCCGGCUCCAUGCUGCAGAAGCCCACGGCCUAUGUGCGGCCUAUGGACGGCCAGGAAACGGCAGAGCCCAAGAGCUCGCAAGCUGAAAGCUACAGCGGACAGUCGCACAGCAGCACCAUGGGAGAGAUGAAGUCCAACGGCAAAGCAUCGCUUUCCAAACUCAAGAUCCCCUCACAGCCUGUGGAGGGCACCGGUGAUGCCAACUGUGUCGAUGAAAUUCUGAAGGAAAUGACUCAGUCGUGGCCCCCUCCGCUGACGGCCAUCCACACCCCCUGUAAAACAGAGCCAUCCAAGUUUCCAUUCCCUACCAAGGACUCACACCCUUUUCCUGGUGGACACAAACGGGGUAGUUCUUCCAAGAGCUCCAGCAGUCACCAGUCCAAAACUUGCGAUGACCAGCCCACUAUGCUCGAAGAUGACCUGAAGCUGAGCAGCAGCGAAGAUAGUGAUGUAGAACAGGACUCUGCCAAGAAUGCCUCAAGGAACACAUCAGCAAGGACUCCGUCUUUCUGUAACAACAGCAAUAACAGCGAAGGAGCGGAGCAGUCGAGGGAUGACUCCAGCAGCCACAGCGGCUCGGAAAGCAGCUCGGGCUCAGACAGUGAGAGUGAAAGCAGCACGACGGACAGCGAGGCCAACGAGCCCCCGCGGCCAGCCUCUCCUGAACCUGAACAACCCAUGGCCAACAAAUGGCAGCUGGACAACUGGUUCAAGAAGGCCAAGCAGUUCUCCCCAGCUUCUCCAGUGGACAACAAUAGUGUUCCAACCAAGUGCAAGAAAGAGGGCAGAGAUAACGGCUCAGGACGUGGCUAUGGUAGCCAGGGAGGGGGGUCUAAAGACUCAGUGACGCCCACCCCAAGUAGAGACCUACGGGCAGCACAAAAGGGCGCAGAGGGUGGCCGUGGCCGGCAAAAAUCCCCUGCCCAGAGUGAGGGUGGCACGAAUCCGAGAAUCCGUGUGGGUAAAAAACAGCCCAAAAAAUCUGAGAAGCCUCCAGUGGUGGAGGAACCCAAGGGAGGUCUGAGAGUGGAGAGUGAGCCAGCCCCAGAGAUUCCUCCCCAUCGGCCCAAAGCUGCUACGAAGGGUUCACGCAAACCAAGUAUCAAAAAAGAACCCAAGUCCUCACCGAGGCCCACCGCAGCUGCUGUCACCAGCACUGUGGACAAACGCAAGCCUAAGGCGGCCACCAAGACUUCCCAGAAGUCUCGUGAGUUUGUUGAUACGGACUCCUCGUCGUCCGAUUCUGAGGGGAACGAGAGCAUCCCGUCCUCGUCGCAGACGCCCAAGUACUCAGAGAGUAUCAGGACCCCAGUGUGUGUGUUUUCUCCAAUGGAAGAAAAAGAGCUGCUGUCUCCACUGAGUGACCCUGAGGAGCGCUAUCCUGCGAGGCUGCCUCAGCAGCAGGUUCUACUCGUGAAGAUAGAUCUCAGUUUGCUGUCGAGGAUCCCAGGGCGGCCCUACAAGGAUCCUGCAGAGAUAAAAGUGGAGCGGGACGACUCUCUAGACAGGGACAACAAAGACUUCAGUAAGCAGAGCUCUGAGAAAAGCUCGAGCAAGGCCAAGAGGAAACACAAGAAUGAUGAAGAAGGCACAAAGACAGAGAGCAAGCGAUGCAAGCUAGAGGAGAAGUCUCUAUCUCAUCAUAAAAACAGCAGUAAAGAGUCUAAGCGGUCUUUGGAGAAGAAAGAGGAGCCAGUCCCUUCUCCAUCCAUGUCAGGUCUGCAGCGGACGCCAAAGGCAGAGCAUCCGAGUCGGAAGAGGACGGUCAGCCAGUCCUCCACCUCUUUGUCUAGUGGGACAGGAAGUGGAAAGGAGGGGGGCCACAGUACGAAGGGCAACUCCACCUCCAAGCACAGAAAAGGGGAGGACAAGGGACGCAGCACACGAGAUGGCAAGGAGAAAUCCUCAAAGGGCUGUGAUAACCAGCUGGCUGUGCCUCCACUCUCCACAGACGGCUCCAAGUCUCAGAGAUCUAAGCUAGUGUUUGAGGACAGGGUCCAUUCAGCAGAUCACUACUUACAAGAGGCAAAGAAACUUAAACACAAUGCAGAUGCACUGUUGGACCGUUUUGAGAAGGCAGUUUACUACCUGGAUGCUGUGGUGUCUUUCGUUGAAUGUGGUAACGCCUUGGAGAAGAGUGCCCAAGAGUCUAAGUCUCCCUUCCCCAUGUAUGCUGAAACUGUGGAGCUUAUCAAAUACACUAUGAAGUUAAAAAGCUAUAUGGCCCCAGAUGCUACUUCAGCAGACAAGAGGCUAGCUGUGCUUUGCUUACGAUGCCAGUCCCUCCUGUACCUGCGGUUAUUCAAGCUGAGGAAAGACAGUGCACUCAAAUACUCCAAAACACUCACAGAGCACUUAAAGAACUCUCUGAGUAACACCCAGGCUCCCUCUCCUGGAAUGGGAAAUAAGGCAGCGGGUAUGCCCUCUCCAGUGUCUCCCAAGCUGUCCCCGGGCACGGCCGGUGGCUACUCGUCAGUCAGCAGCAGUAGCAGCGCCAGCUCGUCUGUGACCAUACCUCAGCGUAUCCACCAGAUGGCCGCCAGCUACGUUCAGGUCACCUCCAACUUCCUGUAUGCCACUGAGGUCUGGGACCAGGCUGAGCAAUUAUCCAAGGAGCAGAAAGGUGAACUUAAAAAAAUAGACUUUUUCCUGGAGUUGGACAAGGUGAUGGGUCCUCUUAUCUUCAACACCAGCAGCAUGACAGAACUGGUGCGUUACACGCGGCAGGGCCUCCACUGGCUGCGCCUGGACGCAAAGGCUAUUCCCUAGUGAGGACUCGCUCCCUGCCCGCUGCUUCCAGACACACCCACCACCUCAGCCUCUCGUGCUCAGCAGCGUGUGCUCAAAGGCACAUGCAUACCCACAACAGCAUACAUACAAACAACUAUGAACUGUAUGCACACACACACACACACACACAAACACACACACACACAAACAAACACACACACACACACACACACAGUCCACCUCUGGUCCUCCAUGUACACACAGGUGAAGAACUUCUCAGACAUAUCUCCAACACUGUGUCCAUUUUCUACACCAGCUUGCCAAAAACACUGAGCAAUUUAGAAACAUCUCACACCUUCGACGGCACCGCACAGGGAGAAGCAUCAAAAACUGCAACACGGGGAAAAAUACGAACUUAUCGCCAUACGUCAUAUAUCGGCAUUCUUACAAAACCUUUGAAGUGUUUUUAUCUCUUCGGCAUGGAAGUGCUAGACAAAUUAUUUAUUAUCAAUACACUAAAAAUGGGGUUUGGUUUUUAGGCUACUUUGACUUUUAACUUUUUCUUUUACUUUGUUUCACCAAAGUACCUCCCAUGAACACCAAAGGUGCUUUAGAAUGAAGGUUUCUCUUUAUCAUUUUUGUGCCUUGUAUGUGAGCUACAGGAAAACAGUCACUCGUCAUACCUGAAUAAAUUAUUUUUCAUUUCCCUUUUUAUUUUUGCUGUAGCCACAGUUGUCAUGUUAUGUAUUUUGUUUUAAACUUUUAACUAUUAAUGGAAGCUGGCAACGUUGAUGUUUUUAAUUGAACCAUUUUAAGUGAAGUCCUGGUAACAUAUUAAUCAAGCUGCCAUUUUGAAUGAUCUUCCCAUCAAAUCUCAAUGGUUAAUCAGAGCAUGCCAACAAGGUUAAAGGACUAUAGGAAGGGCUACUGCAGCAGAGUAAUACUUCUGACACAUGCAUACACACGCAAAUAUAGUAUUGUUUUAUUUUUCAGAAACAUGAAUUUCUUUUUGCCCUGACUGAAUCCCUCUGGCCCUGUUGGCUGUAAGGAGCAACAUGGCCUCUAGGGGCUGCUAGCGGGGCUUUUAGACUCUAGGCCUUAAUAAAAUUGAUCCUGUUAACACUCUAUACAAGAGAUUCUCUGCCUCUGAAGCUCAACCAUACCAGUCUCAUGUUUUAUUUUACCCUUGUAGCAACUUUUGUCCACCGAGCAGUUUCCUUGAGUCACUUCCAGUCAGUGUUAUUUUUUUCUUUUUGAUCCCCUUGUUUGCUCAGAGUGCAUUUUUCUAAGGAACAGCAGGGAGUGUCUAUAAGUAUUGCAGAUCGUAUCCAGUUAUUUAUACAAUGCAGUUAGUCACAUCGCAGUUUCUAAAACGUGGGAACGUGUGAACACUAAUUCGGCACAAUGAAAGCAAAUGAAUCUGAAAUGAAAUGUGCUCUCUAGAGAGGCAAACAUAUUAGUGAUGCAGAUUAGCAGUGUUGCAUUUAUUAAACAAAGAGUUUUUAAUCUAUGAUUAUAUAUUUCAAAUAAGAAGUAUAACGGCCAAAACAGAUUUUAUUUAUAUACCAAGCAGUUUUUUUUCUUCUGAUGUUUCAAAUGCAUACGUUUAAACAGGGUUGAGCAGGGGAUAUAAGAUGCAAUGUAUUGUAUAUGUAAUAGUCGCUAUUUAAAUUUUAAAACCUUAAUCAUGCCUGUAUUACCAGACCAUAGAUGGGAAAUGCUAGUUGUUGUUGACAUGGUUCAGCAGGUGGGGGAGACACAACAGUAACUGUGAGUGCCCACUGUCCAGAUAAGAACAUUUCUGUUAUUUAAAAUUACUGGUCGUCAAUAAAGCAAAUGUGGCCGUCAGUGGUUCUGGAUGAA